UUUAUCAAUCUGGGGAGGUUCUACACUUCUACUUACUCAGGAAAGAACCUACUUUAAUUUGUAAAAAUAAAAAAUAAGAAUAAAAAAUGGCAUCUGCUUCUCCAAUCUGUAAAUAUAUAGCAAAAUCAGGACCUAGAAUUUAUUCAACACAGUUUAUUCGAGGGAUCAAAUACUUUUCUCCUCCAAAAAAUUAUGACAAUAUUGUGAUACCCGAGAAGGGAAAGCCUAAAUACAUGGAAAAAGUGCCUCAGCCUUACGGGAAUGUGAAGAUGCCAAAGAUGACGAAGAAUUUGAGGUUUAUGCGUGGCCCUGAGGAGAUACACAACUCGUUUAUCCACCAACAAUAUGGCAUAGUGGCCUUGGGCGGUGGAAGAUUGAAGUUUGGCCAUUUUGAAAUGAUACGGUUGACAAUUGGUAGGAAAAUGGACACAAGUAGGAUGUUUACGCAGUGGAGAAUCGAUGCACCAUGGCAGCCAGUUACAAAAAAGGGGCAGGGACAGAGAAUGGGAGGUGGAAAAGGCUCCAUCGAUCACUAUGUGACUCCUGUCAAAGCUGGAAGAGUUAUAAUUGAGCUCUCAGGAAAAUGUGAAUUUGAUGAAGUGAAAGGAUUCUUGGGUGUGGUCGCUGCAAAUUUGCCAUUCAAAGCAAUAGCCCUUUCCCAUGAAAUGCUAGAAGAAAGAAAACUACUCGAGAAGAAGCAAGAAGAGGAAAACAUAAAUCCAUACACAUUUGAGUACUUGAUUAAAAACAACAUCGGAAACUGCCACUCUUGGAUUAAAAGAAUUGAUCAUUUCCAUUUUGGCAAAUAUGUAUAAAAAGUGAUUUUUAUUUAUGUAAAUAUUUGUAUAUUUUGUUGAAAAAAUGAAUGAUUACAUUUAUUCUAUUGCCCAGGUUGGAUUGAAAUAAAUAAAAAUGAGUAAAUAUA